GAACUUUCCCCCUAACUCCAAACACUCUUCUUCUCUCUCUCUCUCUCUCUCUCUUUCUCUCUACAUCUCUCUUCUUUCUCUCUCUAAAAAUAUUCUGUGCCCAAGAAUGUGUAAGCAAACAAGCUCAGAUGAUGGGUUUAUCUCCAGCAAAUGCAACACAAACCAAACAACAACAAUUUACCAUAAAGAUGAUGACCCUAUUGCCAACUUGCAUGUCCCAUUGAUACCAAAUUCUCCAACACCAAAAAUAUCUCAAUUUCCAUCAACUCAAGAUCAUUCUGAACAUACACUACUUAUCCAUAACCAUAACCAUAACCAUAACCAUAACGAUAAGCAUAGUACUAGUACUAGUACUAGUACUAGUUUUAGUACUAAAACAAGACACUUUUGUUCAACAACAACAACAAAUCUUGUACCUUAUCUACGAGAAGCAAAAUUAACAAGUGAUAUUGCGUUACCAAUGAUCCUAACAGGCCUUCUUUUAUACUCACGCUCAAUGAUCUCAAUGCUCUUCUUAGGCCGCCUAGGCGAACUCGCCUUAGCAGGCGGCUCACUAGCCAUAGGUUUCGCCAACAUCACUGGAUACUCCAUCUUAUCCGGUUUAGCCAUGGGCAUGGAACCUAUAUGUGGUCAAGCAUUCGGCGCUAAGAAACAUUCCUUACUUGGUGUUACCCUUCAAAGGACUAUUCUCCUCUUACUAUUAACCUCCCUUCCUAUCUCCUUCCUUUGGCUUAACAUGGAUAAACUUCUCUUAUUAUGCCGCCAAGAUUCCGCCAUCGCUGCCCAAGCUCAGGCCUACUUAAUCUACACUCUCCCAGACCUUUUAGCUCAAUCCAUUCUUCACCCACUCAGAAUCUACCUUAGGACUCAAUCCAUCACCUUGCCUCUUACCUUCACCGCGGCUUUAGCCAUCGCUCUCCAUCUCCCUCUUAACUGGCUCCUUGUUGUUAAACUUAAACUCGGAGUUAAGGGUGUGGCUUUAGCCGGAGUAAUGACUAAUUACAACAUGAUCAUAUUUCUAUUCAUAUACAUUUUCUUUUCCAAAUCUUGUAAACAAGGUUGGGCUCCUUUGAGUAAAGACUGUUUACAAGGGUACACUACUCUUCUUCAGCUUGCUAUUCCUAGCUGCAUUUCUGUCUGUCUCGAAUGGUGGUGGUACGAGAUCAUGAUCCUACUCUGCGGUCUCCUUGUCAACCCUAAAGCCACCGUUGCUUCCAUGGGAAUACUUAUCCAAACAACCUCUUUAAUCUACAUCUUCCCAUCUUCAUUGAGUGUCACUGUUUCCACCAGGGUUGGCAAUGAGCUCGGCGCCUCUCGGCCCAUUCGGGCCAAACGGGCUGCUAUUACUGGCCUAUUCUUCAGCUUCAUCUUUGGUUUUUCAGCUCUUUUCUUCACCUUCAUAGUCAGGGAUAAAUGGGCUGGAAUGUUUACCAAAGAUGGGGAUAUCAUUAGGCUUACUUCAUUGGUUUUGCCCAUAAUUGGCUUAUGUGAACUCGGAAACUGUCCUCAAACAACCGGUUGCGGGGUGUUACGUGGGACGGCUCGCCCUAAAGUUGGAGCUAAUAUUAACUUGGCCUGCUUCUACUUGGUUGGUAUGCCGGUUGCGCUCUGGUUCGGGUUUUUCGCCGGUUUCGACUUCCAAGGGCUGUGGCUUGGGCUGUUGGCAGCCCAAGCUUCUUGUGUUGUGACUAUGAUGUUGGUGUUUAGUACAACUAAUUGGGAGUUUGAAGCUCAAAGAGCUAAGGAUCUUACUCAUCAUUCUUCACCUCCUCUUAUUCUUAUUCAACAAGAUGAUAAGCAAACUCAUAGUAUAUGCCAUCAAUCAUCACUUGUUUAAUUUAGUUCUAUCAUUUUGAUUUUUCUAUUUUGGCGGGUGAAAUUUUUAUAAAAUUUUGGAGGGGUAUUAUAUUGACUUGUAUUCUUUGAAAAGAAAAAAAAAAACUAACAUAUGAAUGAAAAGUUUAUUGAUUCUUAUUA